AUGUUCAAAACUCUUUCCUUCCUCCCUUGUGUCUUUGCGGUCGCUUUGGCAAACCCAGCACCCUCCUCGGAUUGUUAUGAACCAUUCCCAUAUGGCAACUUCCCUACCGGUUUCCCUCGCCCAACAGGAUUGCCAUCAGGAUGGUCUCCCGCUCCAUUCCCAGGACCUUCCUACGGUGCUCCCUUCCCCACCUUCAACAUCAGCUCUGUAGUUGUUGGUCCUACCGGAACUGGAGUAUCAUCCGCGUUCGUCCCCUCCUCGUCAGAUGAAGGCAGAAGUGGUACACUGUCAAGCCCCAGCGGCACUACGUUCGUCCCCUCGUCAUCUGAUGAGGGCAGAAGUGGUACUGCUUCUCCCACUUCCAUGGUCUCAAGCUCGGCCUUCUUCCCAAACACCACAGCCUCAUCUGGAGAUUCAGUUACCACCAUCUAUUCUGCUACUACUGCAGUCACGACUGUGAUCACAACCGUCUACCUGCCUCCACCAGGUCCUGAGUCGUCCUCAAACAUGACAUCUGCUGCUUCAUCCGCUUUCUCAUCUAGCGCCAAUGUUACCACCAUUUCUUCGUUCGUGACUGGCACGGUCAUUGUGACGACCACCUUGACACCUUCUUCCUCUCCAGAAUCACCUGUGACAGCCGUCAACAGCACUUCGCUACCCGGAACUGCGAUCUCACCCUCUAUGGGUACUGGUGUGCCUUCCACAUAUGGCAACGAGACCUCUUCAGCUGCUUCCUUUACUGGGUAUCCCUACGUCCCAUACAUUCCUGGUACUGGAGUCUACGGUGGCUCCACACCAUCAAGCUCGCCAGACUCGCCAGUCACAGCAUCUGUAACCAACUCGAGUUCAACUUACGCUAGCCCUACUCAUGUUACCAUUCACCUCAACUCCUCAGUCACCGUGACCCUAGUUACCACUCAGACCAUCCCGUUGACCACUGGGCCUGCCUCGAGCCUUAAUUCUAGCUCAGGAUCCUCAAGCACAUUCUCUGCAUCAUACACUUCUGGCGGCCGCAAUGGCACACUAACCCCAUCCAGCGGCACAGCGAUCUCGAGCAUGAGCCCAUCUUCCUCACCCAUCAGCCCUGUCACUGGCACAAACUCUUCCGCGUCUACUGGCUUCUCCGCUUCGUCUACUGGCGGCAAUAGUAGCAGUACUGCUUUCCCCACUGGUCCAAUCCCACAGUUCUCUUCAUUUGUCACCAGCACCGUCAGCUCUAGCGCAGGGAGCUCUGAGGCCGGCCCAAUCACUGGCUCGCCCUCCUCCACUCCUCCAAGUUACCCUACUGCUCCCUGGUACGGUUCCUGGGGCUACGGAUACGGUGGCGGCUACCGCGCUGGCUACAAGAGAAACGGCAAGGCUUGA